ACCGGUUCCUCCGAAGCACACCGAACAACGGUCGAACUAGGAAAAACGAUGCACAUUCAUCCGAGCUCACCCAACUCGUCCCAGUCGGAGGAUGAUGCGGCCACAAAAAUCCAGGCCGGAUUCCGAGGCUAUCGCGUCCGUAAGCAGAUGCGCGGACAGGGCACUAAUCCUGUCGGUGUGUCGAGCGGUGUAGGUGCGGGAGCCGUUUCCGGUGCGUCAUCCACUGGCACGGUGGAAGACAAAUCGGCCACCAAAAUACAGGCAAACGUACGAGGCUUUCUGGUGCGCAAGAAGCAAAAGAUGGCCACCGAGGCAGCGACCAAGAUUCAGGCCAGCUUCCGUGGAUUCAAGACGAGAAAGGAGCUGAAAUCGAUCAAGAAGGACAAAUAG